UUUCUCUCUUGCGCACACACGUUUUCGCGAUUGGGUUGAUGUGGGGAGAGGUGCAUUUAAAUUGGUUAGCCGAAGUCAUAGGAAACUAAUUUCAAAAUGUUAGGUUAUUUAGUAUUAGACGAUGGCACUACAUAUAAAGGAACAAUAUUUGGAGCUAAAAAGGCUGUUUCUGGUGAAAUAGUUUUUCAGACUGGAAUGGUGGGCUAUCCUGAGUCUUUAACAGAUCCGUCCUAUCAUGCUCAGAUAUUGGUUUUAACUUACCCUUUGAUUGGUAAUUAUGGCAUUACAGCUGAAGAAGUAGAUGAGUAUGGCAUACAGAAAAGGUUUGAAUCUGAUCGUGUGUGGGCUGCCGGUUUGGUGGUCGGUGAAUUAAGUGAAAGGUAUAGUCACUGGAGUGCUUCAGAAUCUUUAAAUGAUUGGCUGGAGAGAAAUGGUGUACCAGGGAUCCAAGGUAUUGAUACUCGAGAUCUUACAAAAAGGAUUCGAAGCAAGAAAAAUGGCUGUCUUGGAAAGAUUAUUACUGAAGAUACACCACCAUCAAGUAUUGCAUUUAUUGAUCCAAAUUUAAGAAACUUAGUUGCUGAAGUUUCCACAAAAGAAGUUAAAGUUUAUAAUGCUAAGGGUUCUCCAAAAGUUUUGUUUGUUGAUUGUGGAAUGAAAUACAAUCAGCUUCGUUGUCUUGUACAGCGUGGAGCUUGCGUACAUGUUGUACCAUGGGAUCAUUCUCUUGAUCUUUCAGGUUUUGAUGGAUUGUUCUUGAGCAAUGGACCUGGUAAUCCAGAUAUGUGCCAAGAGACUAUAAAAAAUAUUAAGAAAUUACUUAUUAAUGGAGAAAAGCCAAUAUUUGGUAUUUGUUUGGGUCAUCAGCUUCUCUCUCUUGCAUCAGGAGCUUCAGCUUACAAAAUGGAGUAUGGUAAUCGUGGACACAAUCAGCCUUGUAUAUUUUUAGAUACAAAAAGAUGCUGUAUAACAUCUCAAAAUCAUGGGUUUGCAAUUGAUUCUAAAACACUAUCAAAAGACUGGCUUCCUUUAUUCACAAAUGCAAAUGAUCAUUCAAAUGAAGGCAUAUUUCAUAAAACACUUCCAUUUUUCAGCAUACAGUUUCAUCCAGAACAUUGUGCAGGACCUCAAGACUUGGAAUUUCUUUUUGAUAUAUUCAUUGAGAUGAUGUUAGACCACAAGAAAAAGACAAAAGGGCCACGUAUUGAUGACAGAAUGAAACAACAUUUAAAAAAACAGUCGGGACUAACCUAUGGUUGUGAAUCUUUUCCUUUGGGUGAUCAGCAAGUAGAUACUAAAGAUCCAAUUAAAAAGAAAAAAGUAAUAAUACUUGGUUCUGGUGGCCUCUCUAUUGGGCAAGCUGGUGAAUUUGAUUAUUCAGGUUCUCAAGCUAUCAAAGCACUAAAAGAAGAAAAUAUUAUUAGUGUCUUAAUUAAUCCAAAUAUUGCUACUGUUCAGACUUCUCCAGGUUUGGCUGACAAAGUUUACUUCUUACCUAUAACUCCUCAUUAUGUGACUGAAGUUAUAAAAUCAGAGCGACCGGAUGGUAUACUUUUAACAUUUGGUGGACAGACGGCAUUAAAUUGUGGUGUUGAGCUUCAGAAGCUGGGAAUUCUUGAAAGAUAUAAUGUUAAAGUUCUAGGCACUCCAAUUUCUUCCAUUGUUAAUACAGAAGAUAGGAAGCUGUUUACUGAAGAACUUAUUAAAAUUGGAGAAAGAGUUGUUCCUAAUGCUGCUGCAUAUAGUGUUGAAGAGGUUGGUAUUAAGUAAUAUUCUUCUCUGUUC